CGCCAAUUAAACUUCUUCAAUUUCAAGUAAGCAAAAUUGCGGUGACCUUUAAAUUCUGGGCUUCAGCUUUAGUUGCGAAGAAGAAGCGAAAUGAUUUCAAUAUGGCGGCAAAUCUCUAGAACUUUCACUUCUCCAUCACCUGCCUCAAUUCCAGCUUUCGUUCCUCCAUCCUAUAGAUUCUUCUCCACUUCGUCUCCAUAUGUAGUGAAGGUCGGAAUACCGGAGUUUUUGAAUGGGAUAGGGAAAGGAGUAGAGGCUCAUGUUGGGAAGCUUGAGUCUGAGUUUGGUGACCUUCAAAAGUUGCUUGUCGUUCGCACUCUUAAGCUCAAGAAGCUCGAAAUUCCAUGUAAACAUAGGAAGCUGAUACUGAAGUAUGCCCACAAAUACAGAGUAGGACUUUGGAGGCCACGAUCUGACAUGGUGAAAGUUUAGGUCCUCUCUAAUUAGCAGUGUUCCUAAUUGAUGCUGAAAAAUUCAAGGUUGCUUUUCAUCUGUCUGAAUCAAAAUUGUACCUGGUUGUCGACGAGAGUUGGCACUUGACAUUAUUGCCAUUAAUCUCGACCUUUGUUCCGAAUUAUUUGGAUUGGGUUUUUGCUUUCAAUAGAAAAUUUUGAUGAUUGAUGAUUAUCAGUGUUUUUGAAAUAAUGCUAAACAUUCCCUACCGUUGUGCACUGUGGUGAAUUAUACUCCGUACUAUGUUUAUCGGAAUAAGUAUACCAAGAUAUUAGUUCUA